GAUCGGCCCGCUGGCUACCCUGUGGUGAGAGUCCUCCGGGCGAGGUCUCCCGGGGACCGGCGGCUCCGGGGCGCACACGGGGCUCCCAGGACUCAGUGGUGCACGGACCUGGGUCUUUACGGCGGGUCCUGCCCAAGUCUCGCGAGAGCACGGCGGCAGGUCUCGCGAUACGCGGGCGCGGGCGCCGAGGAGGGAGAUCUGAGCGGUGGCGGCGAUCGCCGGUGUCUGAGCAGAGGGGCCAUGGAUGACCUGGGGGAAAACACCACUGUGCUGUCCACGCUGCGGUCUUUGAACAACUUCAUCUCUCAGCGGGUGGAGGCUGGGUCCGGCCUGGAUGCUGCCACCUCUGCCCCAGGUUCUCUGCAGACACAGUAUCAGCAGAGCAUGCAGCUGGAGGAACGAGCGGAGCGGAUCCGUUCCAAGUCCCAGGUGGUCCAGGUGGAGCGGGAGAAGAUGCAGAUGGAGCUGAGCCACAAGAGAGCACGAGUGGAGCUGGAGCGGGCGGCCAGCACCAGUGCCAGGUGCUACGAGCGCGAGGUGGACCGCAACCAGGAGCUGCUGACGCGCAUUCGGCAGCUGCAGGACCGGGAGGCUGAGGCUGAGGAGAAGAUGAAGGAGCAGCUGGAGCGCCAUAGGCUGUGUGAGCAGAGCCUGGCCGCUGCCGGCCAGAAGCUGCGGGAGAAGGAGGAUGGCCUGGCUGCGGCUGGGGAGACCAUCAGCACACUGAAGGGGAGGGUCUCCGAGUUGCAGUGGAGCGUGAUGAACCAGGAGAUGCAGGUGAAGAGCCUGGAGUCUGAGAAGCAGGAGCUCAAGGAGCAGCUGGCCUUGCAGCACAAGAAAUGUCAGGAGGCUAAUCAGAAGGUUCAGGAGCUCCAGGCCAGCCAGGAAGCCAGGGCCGACCAGGAGCAGAGGAUCAGGGAUCUGGAGCAGAAGCUGUCCCUGCAGGAACAGGAUGCCGCAGUCGUGAAGAAUAUGAAGUCAGAGCUGGUGCGGCUGCCCAAGCUGGAGAGGGAGCUGAAGCAGCUGCGCGAGGAGAGCGCCUACCUGCGGGAGAUGCGGGAGACCAACGGGCUGCUCCGGGAGGAGCUGGAAGGGCUGCGGCGGCGGCUGGGACGCCAGGAGAAGUUGCAGGAGAGUCUGGUCGUCCUGGAGCUGGAGAAGGAGAAGCUGCUGGCAAAGCUGCAGAGUUGGGAGCGGCUGGAGCAGACCACGGGCUUGAGCAUCAGGAGAUCAGAGGCCCACGCAUGCCCGAUUGGACCAGCUGCCGGCAGGUCUGAACGCCCAGCGCGGGCCACAAAGCACGCAGCAUCAGUCAGGCCUGGGGCUGGGGCCCAGCUGGCGGCCAUCUCUGGCCCGGAGGGGAGAACCCCGGAAGACCUGUCUGGGUUUGUCGUUGAGCUGCAGCGGCGGGAGCUGGCCUUGCAGGACCGGAACAACACCAUCACCACCAGCGCCCGAGGGCUGGAGAAGGCCCGGCAGCAGCUCCAGGAGGAGGUCCGCCAGGUCAGCAGCCAGCUGCUGGAGGAGAGGAAGAAGCGGGAGACUCAGGAGGCCUUGGCACGGAGACUACAGAAGCGGGUCCUGCUGCUGACGAAGGAGCGGGACGGCAUGCGCGCCAUCCUGGGUUCCUACGACAGCGAGCUGACUGCGGCCGAGUACUCACCCCAGCUGACGCGUCGCAUGCGUGAGGCCGAGGACAUGGUGCAGAAGGUGCACGCGCACAACUCGGAGAUGGAGGCUCAGCUGUCGCAGGCCCUGGAGGAGCUGGGAGGCCAGAAGCAACGAGCAGACAUGCUGGAGAUGGAGGUGAAGAUGCUGCAGUCCCAGUCCAGCGCUGCUGAGCAGAGCUUCCCGCUGUCCAGGGAGGAGGCCAGCUCACUCCGGUUGAAGAUUGAGGAACUGGAAGGGGAGCGCAGUCGUCUGGAAGAAGACAAGAGGAUGCUGGAAAUGCAGCUCGAGCGGUUCACCCUGCAGGGUGGCUACGACCAGAGCAGGACCAAAGUGCUGCACAUGAGCAUGAACCCGGCCAGCGCGGCCAAGCAGCGGCUCCGCGAGGACCAGGCCCGGCUGCAGGAGGAGUGUGAGCAGCUGCGGGAGCUCGUGCGCGCCCUGGAGCGAGGCGGCCCUGUCCCCGCUGACCUGGAGGCUGCUACAAGUCUGCCUUCGUCCAAGGAACUAACAGAGCUGAGGAAGCAGGUGGAGAGCGCCGAGUUGAAGAACCAGCGGCUCAAGGAGGUCUUUCAGACUAAGAUCCAGGAGUUCCGGAAAGUCUGCUAUGCGCUCACGGGCUACCAGAUUGACAUCACGACAGAGAACCAGUACCGGCUGACGUCCAUGUAUGCGGAGCACAAAGCCGACUGUCUCAUCUUCAAGGCCACAGGACCGUCGGGCGCCAAGAUGCAGCUGCUGGAAACGGCGUUCUCGAGCUCUGUGCAGGAGCUCAUCGAGCUGCACCUGCUGCGGCAAGACAGCAUCCCGGCCUUCCUCAGUGCCCUCACCCUCGACCUCUUCAGCCGCCAGACCGUGGCCUAGCCUGCGCCCAACCCCCGGCGGCAGCUGGCCACUCGGCUCCACGGGGGGAGGCAGGCAGCCACGCCCCCGACGCCCCUAGUCCAGCUCCAGGCCACACGCUGGCCCUCCUCCCAGGAGCCCUGUGGGCGUCCCCUGGAGCCGGCGGGGGGCCGAGCUGCCAGCGGGACAGAAGGCUCCACCCUCCCCCUCCCCCAGUACAUGCGCUGUGGCGGGUCCAGGUGAGGCCUGGGGGCCGUGUGGUCUCCCCUCCCCAGUGUGGGCUGCCGGCCGACGUCCCUGCUCCUCAUGAAAUAAAUUUUGCUCUUUGGCCACCC